AUGAAAGGAAGAUUUUUGCCAAAGAAUAUGUAUACACCAGAAACUUGGUACAGAAGAAGUGUUAUGAGAUUCGCAAACUUUUUCCGAAAAUGGUAUGAUUUAAGUUUUUCACCUAUCGCCUAUGAUUAUCCAUCAAAUACCAACGUAGAAAUUCCUCUUUACGUUACUCCUUCUACUUCCAUGCAAAACG